AUGUUUUGGGGCGUUACAUAAUGCCUGUUGACAAUAAUCAAUAAAACCAAGUUUUUCAGAAAACAUGUAUGGCAAAUUUUCUUCACAAAUCAUUUCGGCCAUUUUUUGCCUAUUUUGCUCGUCGCUAUAAGCAAAAAGGCCGCCCUUACCUCUGUUAGCAAACCGAGAAAUUUGGUUAAAUGAUUGUUGUUUGUGACUUAAUAAGAUUGUCGUUUGUUAUCCGCCUUUAUUGUUGCCAUGGUUGUUGGUAAUAAAUGUGGGGCUCGAGAUGGCAAGGACCGCGAUCACGAAGAUAUCACGAGGGUCCCGGUCAUCAGGGUCAGUUCGUGUAUGUCAAUUCGGAUGACGAGGUUACAAUCACUAGCGCUAGUGCUGGUCUCAUCACACCGGCAUUCUACGAGAGGACGGACACAACUGGCAUGUCGUGGGGCAAAGUCUCAGCGACGACGAAGGAGUUCUACUAUCGAGAGUUCAAGAAAAAUGCUAGAGUGGAUCCGUCAAUCGAUGAGGGCAGGCUGAGGAAAACUUUUCUCAAGAAAGCUGCUGAACGGUACGCAAAGUUUACAUACAAUCAAAGGAACCCACGUCGAUUGAAGAAGAAGAAGAAGGACCCGAGGCCAUUUGAGCAGUUGAAGAAGGUUUGGGAAGAGGAUCCGGAGUUUCUGUAUUUGAGUAAGAUUAAGAAGAAGAACAGAAGGAAGGGAAAAGAGGAUGGUCCUGCUCUUGGGACGUAUUGUGGAGGUUCAGUUCCAUUUUAUGAAAAUAUGAAUCGACUGGCUAAGAAGAAAGCGGGGCCUAUGUCGUUGGAUGAGGUUAUCAUCCACAGAAAGACAAAGAAGCACGACGACAAGACUUGGGUGGAUCCUGAACAUGCUGAGCUACAGGCUCAAUUCUUCGAACAACGCGAGGAGGCUAGACAGAAUGGGCUGCAAGUCACUGACGAAGAAAUAUGGUACUCGUUAGUUGAGGGCCAUAACGCGAAGAACCGCAUUCCUGGAAUUGGUGACUAUGAGCAGGAAAUGAGGAAGAUGAAUCCGUCCUCCAAACCUCGUCGUUCCAGCACGAGUAGUAGAAGCACAGCGGAGAUAUCAGCACUCAAAGAGCAAAACCAAAGGGUGCAGGAACAAAUUGAUAGUCUAACCUCGAACUUGUCGCUGACGAUUCAGGAGGACAAAAGGAAGCUAUAUGGUGGUAACCUUCCUCGACGAGGCGAUGAUGAUGGAACGGGAGGGGCGAGGCAGCCCGGGAUUUGUUGAGACCUUUACGACCAUAGCUUCCUCCAUUUUAAACACUUGACACUAACAUUUUAAUAUUUAUUGUUAGAACAUAGUGAAUUAUGUUACAUUCGCAUUUGAAGUUUGCAUUAAUCUAGAUUUGAAUUAUCAAUUUGGGUGUUGAAAUCUUCUUUGGAAUUAUGUGUGUGAAGAUUGAAUGUGUUUUGCCCCCCACACCCCACCCCCCUCAUUUUAAUAGCUAGUGCCAAAAACAGGAAAAUUCUGGUUAUGUCAACAGGAGAGGAUAAAGACCAAAACACAAAAGGAAUUCUAUUCCUACAAGGAAACAAAUCACUAAAUAUGAACAAGGAAACAAAUCAAGAGCAAUCCCACUU